AUGGCGGACUCACACGUGCCAACACCGAGAGAAAGUCAAACAGAAAUUCUAACAAAAGUGCCGGACGUUCGAACAUCGACACCGAUCACAGAUGCAUCAAUUUCGGAAAAAGUCGAUCUACCGAACUUAUUGAAAGAAGAUGAAAUCUUAAAUUCAAUGGCAUCACAUGUGGAUGAAAAUAACGAAAACGAGGCUGUUGCACCACUUGUUGCUUCGUUUGCCGGUGAUUCAACUGAACAUCGAACAACAAAUACUGAAACAUUAAUGCAUUUGAUCAAAGGUAAUAUUGGUGCUGGCAUUCUUGCUUUUCCUUAUGCACUGUCAAAAGCUGGACUAGUCUUUGGUUCCAUCGCUUUUUGGAUAAUAGGUGCUGUGACGCUCUAUUGCAUGCAUCAACUACUACGUUGUCAUGAACAUUAUCGACAUCAUACGUCACGAACGAAAUGUGAUUUUGGUGAUAUAAUGCGAUAUACGUUAGAAACGUGUCGAUGGCGAGUUGCACAACGCUAUGCUAAGUUGGGAAAAUUCGUUAUUGAUGGUUUUAUCGUCUUGAUUCAACUCGGCUUUUGCUGUGUAUAUUUCGUAUUCGUUCCAGCAAGUAUCAAACAAGUCGUCGAUUAUUAUACUCCGAAUAGUCCAGUAAUACAAAUCUACCAAUUGAUAAUGCUCGUGCUUGUCAUUGGAUUCUCAAUGAUUCGAAGCUUAAAAGUUCUUGCACCAUUCUCGCUUGCUGCUAAUGUGAUUAGUCUUGGAGGUUUGUGUAUAAUUAUGCAAUAUGUGAUACGUUCACAUCUUCCAUUGGACAAAUUACCAAAGGUAACACCACCAGAAGAGUGGCCUGUUUUCUUCGCAUCAGCAAUGUAUGUAUUCGAAGGUAUUGCUCUAGUUUUACCAGUGCGACAGAAGAUGAAGGAACCUGAAGCAUAUGGUGGUUUUAAUGGUGUAUUGAACACAGGAAUGUACCUCGUAACUAUCUUGUACUUUUUCGUUGGAUUUUUCGGUUAUAUUCGAUAUGGUUCGGACGCACGUGGAUCGAUUAGUUUAAAUCUACCCAAUGAUAACAAAUUGUAUCAAUUUACCAAAAUUAUGUACGCUGUAGCUAUCUUUUUAACAUAUAAUCUUCAAUUUUAUGUUCCAUUUACACUUCUCUGGCCAAGAGUUUGCCGAAAAGUUCUUUACAAAUACAAUGAACGAACUAAAGCGAAGUUUGAACAUGUAUUUCGUAUUGGAUUGAUUGUUGUCACUUUUGCUGUCGCUGCGUUGAUACCUAAUCUCGGUCUUGUGAUUUCAUUAGUUGGUGCUGUCGCUUCAACUGCAUUAUCAGUUAUAUUUCCUCCCAUAUGUGAAACAAUCACAUUCUGGCCGAAUAGACUCGGUCGAUUCAAAUGGCAGUUAAUUUUCAAUAUCUGUAUUAUUCUAUUUGGCUUUUAUGUUUUUAUUGCCGGUACAUCAUUGAGUAUAUCGAAUAUCGUUGCCUGUAUCCAUUUUUCGAAUAUGACGAGUUGGCUUACAUCAGCUCUUCAAACAGUUCGUGAUAAAUCAGCAGAUGCAUUGGAGUUUGUUCGCCGCGAUUUGACUGAAUUUACAACGGUAGUCAAAAACGAUACAGAAUCUUAUAUAGCUAAAAUCAAAAGUCAAGAAGUUGGAGAUCUCGGUAUCAAUCGAUUUGUAUCGAAAAUAAGUGGCGCUGACAAGACCGAAGAGAAUACAGAAAAAUCUAGUUCUCUUAAACCGUCAUUCGAUCGCAUUCAUAGUGAAUUAACUCGAUUACAAAAUGACGAAUCAACAUAUUUAACUGAUCCUGUACAAACCGAGGCGUAUGAAACAUGGCGUCAAACAUCUGAGUUUAAUGUUGAUGAUCGGAAAGGCGAUAUUGCACAAUUAUUAAUCGAUGCUCCUCAUGUACGUUCCUUCUAUGCAAAUCUUGUUCCAGCACAAACCACGCAUGUCGAUUUUUGGUCUCGAUAUUAUUUUCGCAUGCAUCAACUUGAAGAAGAAGAAGCGAGACGUACGCAGUUGCUCCGACGUGCUCAUGAAAUCUGUUCGGAAACCAAUGAUAAUGCAGGAGAAGACGAUGCUAACGAUUGGGAUGAACCCGAAGAGAACACUUCAGACGAAGCAGCAAAGACAACUGAAGAGUCAUUAGCUGUAAUUGCACCUGUAGAACAUCAUGAAGAACAACAGGAAACGAUACACACGGAUUCAUCUUUUGAAAAAUCAACUAAUGAACGUAGUGAAAGCGAUACAGGUGAUAGUUGGGAUAGAGAAUUCGAUGAAACAGAUGUUACUUCAGUACCCCUACCAUCAACAUCAGACGUGGAUCCUCUCACCCAAUCCGCAGAAACAGUUACAUCGGAUAAUUUGUCAGCAUCAACAACAACAACAGCAGCAGCAACAGCAUCAUCAACGGAGAAGAAAAAUGCGAAUGAAUUUGAUGAUGAAUGGGAAGCAUGGUCUUAA